ACAGACUUUAUUUAUGCUGCACCUUUUACACGUCAGAGAACAAAAUAUGAGUCUAAACUCAGAGAGGAAAACAUAAACAACAACAAACUGAACUAAAGUGAAUCUCCUGCUGCUUUUUAACAGAAACAUUUGAUCCCAGAGAGCAGAGCUGACCUUCAGUCUGGUCACUUCUCAUAUUCAGACCCGGAUGGAUCAAAAUCAUUUUCAUUCUCCAGUAAAAGUAAAGAAGCUGCUGCUGCUGCUUCUCCUGUUUGCCUCUGAUGAGGCGGACUGAGUGGCAGCCGCCCCGCUGCAGGCAGUGAAGGGUUAAUCCAAGCUCUGCGUAGGAGAGCGCGUGCCAAACGGAACAAAACCCAAAGCGCCAUCUGUCCCACACACACUUGGUUCUGGCGCCGCGUUUUACGCACAGAAGCGCCGCACCGGCUGCGGGAAGCAGCUCCACUCAGAUUGGAUCAGGUUCGGUGGUCCCGCUGCUGGCGCGUCAGGAAGGAUGGAGAACUCCUCCUCGUCCCCUCGGGACCUGGACCAGAACCAGAACCGGACCUGGACGGACCACAGCGUCCAGUACAAGGUUGUGAGCAGCCUGCUGCUGCUCCUCAUCUGCGCGCUGGGCAUCGUGGGGAACGUGAUGGUGAUCCUGGUGGUGCUCAUCACCCGGCACAUGCGCACUCCGACCAACUGCUACCUGGUCAGCCUGGCGGUGGCCGACCUGAUGGUCCUGACGGCCGCCGGGCUGCCCGCCAUCCCGGACAGCCUGUUCGCCUCCUGGGUGUUCGGCCGCUGCGGCUGCCUGCUCAUCACCUACCUGCAGUACCUGGGCAUCAACGCGUCCUCGGGCUCCAUCACCGCCUUCACCAUCGAGCGCUACAUCGCGAUCUGCCACCCGAUCAAGGCCCAGUUCCUGUGCACGCUGUCCCGGGCCAAGAAGAUCAUCCUGCUGGUCUGGGUCUGCACCUCCAUCUACUGCGUCAUGUGGUUCUACCUGUCCGACAUCGAGCUGCAGGUGUUCGCCAACGUCACCGUGGUCACGUGCGGCUACAGGGUCCCCCGGAAGUUCUACCUGCCCAUUUACUUCUUCGACUUCAGCGUCUUCUUCGUGCUGCCGCUGCUGCUGUCCGCGGUUCUGUACGGCCUGAUCGCCAGGAUCCUGUUCCUCAACCCGCUGCCCUCUGACCCCAAAGGCCGGGAGAAGCGCGCGGCGGCCUCCGCCAGCAACAACCAGCGCAGCAGCUGCAAGAACGCGCGACACUCCAGCUCCACCGCGACGUCGCGCAGACAGGUGACCAAGAUGCUGGCGGUGGUGGUGAUCCUGUUCGCCGUGCUCUGGAUGCCAUACCGCACCCUGGUGGUGGUCAACUCCUUCCUGGACCAGCCCUACCUGGACAACUGGUUCCUCCUUUUCUGCAAGGUCUGCAUCUACCUGAACAGCGCCAUCAACCCGGUCAUCUACAACGCCAUGUCUCAGAAGUUUCGCGCCGCUUUCCGUAAGUUCUGCCGCUGCGGGGCGAAGGGCUCAGACAAACCGGCGGCGUGCAGCGUGGCGCUCACCUACAGUGCCGUCAAGGACACUUCGCUGGUGGAAAGCACAGAUCACUUCGCCACCGAGCUGGAGGAGCUGACGGUCACCGACGAGCUGCUGGCCGACCAGAAGGCCACGUUCUCCGAGUCGUGUGGCUGUGCAAAGGUGAACUUCGGUCAUGACUGGUUGGAGGCCAGCGAGGCGACUGGCGAGUCUCCCGAGGACUAAAGACCUCCAAAGUGUUGCCUAAUGGACUCCCUUAAGUGGGAAUAUUGUUUCCUGAGUGCCUGCUGACCUUUUUAAAGCCAGGCUGCUGCAGGUAGAGAUGUAAACACAGAUCACAGCCAGUGGAGCGCAAUGAGAGGCUCUGAGGCUCAAAGCCAAACAUGCUGUUAGCCGAGAGUGAUGGCAGACGUCGUAAAGCCACAAACACCCCGACAGAUAAGAGCCGCCAUUACGCAGCUGUUAUCAUCAUAUCUGAGUCCGGCCCACGCAAGGUGUUUGAGUCAACAUGGCCAGACUGGGAGUAAAAACACCUUCCCCACUGCAAAUAUGCCCAGCUCUCACAUUUAUGAUCUCUGCAGCUGAGACAGCAGCAAGUCACGCUCACGCCUUCACACGGCAUCCCAUAAAAACAAGGAUCAGCAAGGUGACAACUUCGUUUUCACCGGCAGGCUGCAGGAAAGCAGCGGCACCACGGCUUGAGCCACGCCGCGGCCCAACAGGAACCAAAGCCCACGAAGGGCAGAACCAUUCAGAGGAGCCAGACAUCCAGCAGCUGGG